GACGUCGCGUGGGGCGGGUCCGGCCGCGCACAAUGGGCCAUGGAGUUCCCGUUCGAUGUGGACGCGCUGCUCCCGGAGCGGAUCACGGUGCUAGACCAGCACCUACGGCCACCGGCCCGCCGACCCGGAACCACAACGCCGGCCCGUGUUGAUCUGCAGCAGCAAAUUAUGACCAUUGUAGAUGAACUGGGCAAGGCUUCUGCUAAGGCCCAGCAUCUUCCUGCUCCCAUCACCAGUGCAUCAAGGAUGCAGAGUAACCGCCAUGUUAUGUAUAUACUCAAAGAUACUUCAGCUCGACUGGCUGGAAAAGGAGCCAUUGUUGGCUUCCUUAAAGUUGGAUAUAAGAAACUCUUUGUACUGGAUGACCGUGAGGCUCACAAUGAGGUAGAACCACUUUGCAUCUUGGACUUUUACAUCCAUGAGUCACUUCAACGCCAUGGCCAUGGACGAGAACUCUUCCAGUAUAUGUUGCAGAAGGAGCGAGUUGAACCACACCAACUGGCUAUUGACCGACCCUCACAGAAGCUGCUGAAGUUCCUGAAUAAACACUACAACCUGGAGACCACAGUCCCACAGGUGAACAACUUCGUGAUCUUCGAAGGAUUCUUUGCCCAUCAGCAUCGGCCCCCUGCUACCUCUCUGAGGGCAACUCGACACUCUUGUGCUGCUGCGGUUGAUCCUAUGCCUGCUGCUCCAGCAAGGAAGCUGCCACCCAAGAGAGCAGAGGGAGACAUAAAGCCAUACUCCUCUAGUGACCGAGAAUUUCUGAAGGUAGCUGUGGAGCCUCCCUGGCCCUUGAACAGGACCCCUCGCCGUGCUACACCUCCAGCCCACCCACCCCCGCGCUCCAGCAGCCUGGGAAACUCACCAGAACGGGGUCCCCUCCGCCCCUUCGUGCCAGAGCAGGAGCUGCUGCGUUCCCUGCGCCUCUGCCCCCCGCACCCCACCGCCCGCCUUCUGCUUGCUACUGACCCAGGGGGCAGCCCAGCCCAGCGUCGCCGCACCAGCAGGACUCCCCCAGGGCUGGUAGCCCAAAGCUGCAGCUAUAGCCGCCAUGGGCGGUUGAAUUCCUCAUCCCCCAAUACAGGCAACCAAGAACUGAAGCAGGGGGAGCAGGAAACAGAGAAUAGGUCUGCCAGUGAGGAGCAGGUCUUGUCACAGCAUGGGUCUGGGGAGGAACCCAUGCACACAGUUCCUCCACAGGCCCAGGCUCCACCAGCCCAGUCCUGGACAAUGGGCGGGGACAUGUUCAACGCCAGGUUCAUUCGAAACUUGCAGGAACGUCGCAGCACCAGGCCUUGGUGACCGCAGCCCCCUGUCACACUUUCAAAGUCAGUAUUAUUUCUCUCUCACACAGGACCUAGCCAAAGCCCGCCCUCACAAUGGAUGUAUUCAUUCAUUCAUUCAUUCGACAGGCUUUCUUAUCAGUGCCAAGUCAUUUGUAUCUUAUUUUUAAGCACAGCAAUAAAGUAUUUAUUUUUAUCACGAGAGUUACUAAAAACCGCGAUUGUCAUUAUUUCAAUCCCACCCGUCACUCUUCGCGCGCCCCGUUCAGCCCCAUCAUCGCCCACUUUUGCGCAAGCGCCACAGGUGAGAGCAGUGCUCGAGGCCGCUAAUUUACUGCGCAAGCGCUCUAAGGCAGCCUCCGAUCCGGCGAGCGCAGGCGCACUUACUGCAGACCCAGCGCCUCACCGCCUCCCUGGAACUCGCCACAGUGCGCAAGCGCGCAACAUCUCCGUUUCCCUCCCCUCAGCCCUUCACCCCCCCCUUCCUUUCCCCUUCAAGAAGCCGGCUCCGGGGCACGCUCACCCCUGUGAGGAGGCCAGACACGGGAGGCGCUCUCUCCAUUCCCGGAAGAUCAUGUACCAGCCCAGCCGGGGGGCGGCCCGGCGCCUCGGCCCCUGCCUCCGUGCCUACCAGGCUCGUCCCCAGGACCAGCUUUCUCCACGGGCCCUACCAUUCCCACCUCUUUGGCCUCACUCCAUGACAACCACUUCUCCAUCUCUGCCUCUUUUCUGGUCUCCCCCACCCCCAAGCCCUGCCACCCGGCUGCUUCCCCGAGCUCCCCCACUACCUCUCCCUCAGGUCCAAGCCCUCACCUCACCAUGGGUGGUUCUCCCCCCAGGAAAGGGGGAGGAGGGACCAGGACCUGAGUUACACAGCGGCUGCCUGGAUGGGCUUAGGAGCCUAUUUGAGGGACCUCCCUGCCCCUGUCCUGGGGCUUUGAUACCUUUCCAAGCCUCUGGGACUGCCCACUCUUCCCCUGCCACUCCAUCAGGAGAUCCGAGUAUGGAGGAGCACCUGGCUGUCAUGUAUGAGAGACUGAGACAAGAGCUUCCCAGUCUCUUCCUUCACUCCCACGACUACACUCUCUACUCAUCGGAUGUGGAAUUCAUCAAUGAGAUCCUGAACAUGCGUACCAAAGGCCGGACAUGGUACAUCCUGUCACUGACCCUCUGCCGCUUCCUGGCCUGGAAUUAUUUUGCACAGCUUCGGCUGGAGGUUCUACAGCUGACCCGCCACCCUGAGAAUUGGACCCUGCAAGCCCGCUGGCGGCUUGUGGGGCUGCCCAUCCACCUACUCUUUCUGCGUUUCUAUAAGCGUGACAAGGAAGAGCUUUACCGGACCUAUGAUGCCUAUUCCACCUUCUACCUGAAUUCCGAAGGCCUCAUUUGUCGCCAUCGCCUAGACAAACUGAUGCCUUCACACUCACCCCCAACGCCCGUGAAGAAGCUGCUAGUGGGAGCCCUGGUGACUCUGGGGCUGUCGGAGCCAGAACCCAACUUACACCUGUGUUCCAAGGGCUGAUCAGGAACUGGGGCAGAGGCAGCACGGAAGACUUGCUACGCACAAGAGGAGGAGGUGGAGGUGGCCAAAGACCUCAGGAGCCAGCUUCCUCCCCUCUUCUCUCUUCUUCUUUACUUUCCAUCUCCUGCUGUGUAAAGCUGCUGUGUAAUUUAACUUGUAAAUAAUAAAAUCUAAGUGAAUAUAUGA